CAGGCAGCGCUGCCUUCUCCAUCAUCCUGACUCAGAAAGGAGAAGUACCGGGAGGAAACUCCUCACUCUGAUCUGCCCACCACACACCCAUCGGCUCACCUCAUGCCUGGGCUCUGGAUGGGUAAGGGUGAAGAACCCACCCAGCCAAGAUGAUCUCUUCCCUGGGGGCUGCUGCUGCUGUCCUCCCCCAGAUCCUGGGCUCCGGCAGAUGGGAGAUUGCCCCCAGAAGGAACCCGGUCAGGAAACCUGUCAGCCGGCUGCAGAGGAGGUGAAGAGGGCUUAAGAAGAGGCGCCCAUCUCAGAGACGGAAGCUCCUUGCCUUCACUCUUGUAGACUUGUUUUAGGAGAGGAGGACCAGUUGGUCCUUGCUGCCCUUUGCAGGCAGCAAGAAACUGGACAGUGGUUCUGCCCCAGCACCUAUGCCCCCUCCUCUAGCAACUGCAGCGCCAUGAGUCAGUUUCAGGUGCCCCUGGCGGUCCAGCCGGACCUGCCAGGCCUCUAUGAUUUCCCGCAGGGCCAGGUGAUGGUAGGGGGCUUCCAGGGGCCAGGGCUCCCAGUGGCUGGGAGUGAGGCCCAACUUCGAGGGGGUGGAGAUGGGCGAAAGAAAAGAAAACGGUGUGGGUCAUGUGAGCCCUGCCGGCGUCUGGAAAACUGUGGGGCGUGCACCAGCUGCACCAACCGCCGCACACACCAGAUCUGCAAGCUGCGCAAGUGUGAGGUGCUGAAGAAAAAAGUGGGGCUUCUUAAGGAGGUGGAAAUAAAGGCUGGUGAAGGAACGGGGCCCUGGGCACAAGGGGCGACUGUCAAGACAGGCUCAAAGCUCAGCCCAGUUGAUGGACCUGUUCCAGGUCAGAUGGACUCAGGGCCAGUGUACCAUGGGGACUCAAGGCAGCUAAGCACCUCAGGGGCGCCCAUCAAUGGUGCUAGAGAGCCCGCUGGACCUAGUCUUCUGGGAGCUGCAGGUCCUUGGCGGGUAGACCAGAAGCCCAACUGGGAGGCUGCCCCAGGCCCAGCCCACACUGCUCGCCUGGAAGAUGCCCACGAUCUGGUGGCCUUUUCGGCUGUGGCCGAAGCUGUGUCCUCUUAUGGGGCCCUUAGCACCCGGCUCUAUGAAACCUUCAACCGUGAGAUGAGUCGAGAGGCUGGGAACAGCAGUAAGGGCCCCCGUCCAGGGCCUGAGGUCUGUUCUGAAGGCAGUGAAGACCUUGACACGCUGCAGACGGCCCUGGCCCUUGCACGGCAUGGCAUGAAACCACCCAACUGCAAUUGCGAUGGCCCAGAGUGCCCCGACUACCUCGAGUGGCUGGAGGGGAAGAUCAAGUCUGUGGCCAUGGAAGGAGGACAGGAGCGGCCCAGACUUUCAGGGACUCUGCCUCCUGGUGAGGCUGGCCUCCCAGCCCCAAGCACCAGACCACUCCUUAGCUCCGAGGUCCCCCAGGCACCUCCCCUGGAGGGCCUACCUCUGUCCCAGAGUGCCCUAAGCAUCGCCAAGGAAAAAAACAUCAGUCUACAGACAGCCAUUGCCAUCGAGGCCCUCACACAGCUCUCCUCCACCCUCCCCCAGCCUUCUCAUUCCACCUCCCAGGCUUCUUGUCCACUCCCUGAGGCCUUGUCCCCUUCUGCCCCUUUCAGAUCUCCCCAGUCCUACCUCCGGGCCCCCUCAUGGCCUGUAGUUCCCCCUGAGGAACACCCAUCUUUUGCUCCUGAUAGCCCAGCCUUCCCUCCAGCAACUCCAAGAACUGAGUUUCCUGAAACUUGGGGCACUGAUACCCCUCCAGUGACACCCCGGAACUCCUGGCCCGUGCCCCGCCCAAGCCCCGACCCUAUGGCUGAACUGGAGCAGCUUUUGGGCAGCGCCAGCGAUUACAUUCAGUCAGUAUUCAAGAGGCCUGAGGCCCUCUCCACUAAACCCAAGGUCAAGGUUGAGGCACCUUCUUCCUCCCCAGCUCCAGCCCUGUCCUCCAUUCCCCCGAGGGAAGCUCCCACACCAUCAUCAGAGCCUGGCACCCAUCAGAAGGCCCAGACUGCGCUGCAGCAGCACCUCCACCACAAGCGCAGCCUCUUCUUGGAACAGGCCCAUGAUGCCUCCUUCCCUGCUCCAGCAGAGCCUCCAGCUCCUGGCUGGUGGGCCCCACCAGGCUCACCUGCCCCACGGCCUCCAGACAGACCACCCAAGGAGAAGAAGAAGAAACCCUCAACCCCAGCUGGAGGUCUUGUGGGAGCAGAAAAAAUCACCCCUGGGAUCAAGCCCAGUGUCCGAAAACCCAUUCAAAUCAAGAAGUCCAGGUCCCGGAACAUGCAGCCCCUCUUCCUGCCUGUCAGGCAGAUAGUCCUAGAAGGGCUGAGAUCCCCAGCCUUGGAGGAAGUGCAAACACCUCCACCUGCCCGGCUCCCUGCCCCACCCUCUGCCCCCCAGGGCUCUACCAUCCCUCUGCCCCCAGAACCCUCUCUUGCGCUAUUUGCACCUAGUCCCUCUGGGGACAGCCUGCUGCCCCCUACUCAGGAAAUGAGGUCUCCCAGUCCUAUGGCAGCCUUGCAGCCAGGCUCUACCGGCCCCCUUCCCCCUGCUGAUGACAAACUAGAAGAGCUCAUCCGACAAUUCGAGGCUGAAUUUGGGGAUAGCUUUGGGCUUCCUGGCCCCCCUUCAGUGCCCAUUCAAGAUUCUGAGAACCAGCCAACAUGUCUCCCAGCCCCUGAGAGCCCUUUUGCCACCCGAUCCCCAAAGAAGAUCAAGAUUGAGUCUUCAGGGGCUGUGACUGUGCUCUCUACCACCUGCUUCCAUUCAGAGGAGGGAGGCCAGGAAGCCACACCCACCAAGGCUGAGAACCCACUCACACCCACCCUCAGUGGCUUCUUAGAGUCACCUCUUAAGUACCUGGACACACCUACCAAGAGUCUACUGGACACACCUGCCAAGAGGGCCCAGGCCGAGUUUCCCACCUGUGAUUGUGUCGAACAAAUAGUGGAAAAAGAUGAAGGUCCAUAUUACACUCACCUGGGAUCUGGCCCCACAGUAGCCUCUAUCCGGGAACUCAUGGAGGAGCGGUCUGGAGAAAAGGGGAAAGCCAUCCGGAUUGAGAAGGUCAUCUACACAGGGAAGGAGGGGAAGAGCUCCCGAGGGUGUCCCAUUGCCAAGUGGGUGAUCCGCAGACACACGCUGGAGGAGAAGCUGUUGUGCCUGGUACGGCACCGAGCAGGCCACCACUGCCAGAAUGCUGUGAUUGUCAUCUUGAUCCUGGCCUGGGAGGGCAUCCCUCGAAGCCUUGGAGACACCCUGUACCAGGAGCUCACUGAUACCCUCCGGAAGUAUGGGAACCCCACCAGCCGGAGAUGUGGCCUCAAUGAUGACCGAACCUGCGCUUGCCAAGGCAAAGACCCCAACACUUGUGGUGCCUCCUUCUCCUUUGGAUGUUCUUGGAGUAUGUACUUCAAUGGCUGCAAGUAUGCUCGGAGCAAGACACCACGCAAGUUCCGACUCGUAGGGGACAAUCCCAAGGAGGAAGAAGUGCUCCGGAAUAGUUUCCAGGACCUGGCCACUGAAGUAGCUCCCCUGUACAAACAACUGGCUCCUCAGGCCUAUCAGAACCAGGUAACCAAUGAGGAAGUAGCGAUCGAUUGCCGCCUGGGGCUGAAGGAAGGGCGACCCUUCUCUGGUGUCACAGCCUGCAUGGACUUCUGUGCUCAUGCCCACAAGGACCAGCAUAACCUCUACAACGGGUGCACUGUGGUCUGCACCCUGACCAAGGAAGACAAUCGCUGUGUGGGCCAAAUCCCUGAGGAUGAGCAGCUACAUGUGCUUCCCCUCUACAAGAUGGCCAGCACGGAUGAAUUUGGCAGUGAGGAGAACCAAAAUGCCAAGGUGGGCAAUGGGGCCAUCCAGGUACUCACAGCCUUCCCUCGUGAGGUCCGGCGUCUGCCUGAGCCUGCCAAGUCUUGCCGCCAGAGGCAGCUGGAAGCCAGGAAGGCGGCAGCUGAGAAGAAGAAAAUGCAGAAGGAGAAGCUGAGCACGCCUGAAAAGAUCAAGCAGGAGGCCCUAGAGCUGGCUGGGAUCACCACUGACCCAGGCCUGUCUCUGAAGGGUGGAUUAUCCCAGCAAAGCCUAAAGCCCUCCCUCAAGGUGGAGCCGCAGAACCACUUCAGCUCCUUCAAGUACAGUGGCAAUGCGGUGGUAGAGAGCUACUCGGUGCUGGGCAGCUGCCGGCCCUCCGACCCCUACAGCAUGAGCAGCGUAUACUCAUACCACUCUCGCUACGCACAGCCUGGCCUGGCCUCCGUCAAUGGUUUCCACUCCAAGUACGCACUUCCCUCCUUUGGCUACUAUGGCUUUCCUUCCAGCAACCCCGUCUUCCCCUCCCAGUUCCUGGGUCCCAGUGCCUGGGGACAUGGGAGCAGCGGUGGUAGUUUUGAGAAGAAGCCAGACCUCCACAGUCUGCACAACAGCCUGAACCCAGCCUACGGUGGUGCUGAGUUUGCCGAGCUGCCAGGCCAGGCUGUUAAUACAGACACCCACCACCCCGCCCCUCACCACCAGCAGCCUGCUUACCCAGGCCCCAAGGAUUAUCUGCUAUCCAAGGUCCCACAGCUCCACCCAGCAUCCAGGGACCCCUCUCCCUUUGCUCAAAGCUCCAACUGCUACAACAGAUCCAUUAAGCAAGAGCCAGUAGACCCUCUGACCCAGACUGAAUCUAUGCCCAGAGACCCUAGUAAGCUGAGCAGAGCAUCCUUGCCCGAGGCAUCUCAGAAUGGAGGGCCUAGUCACCUAUGGGGACAGUACUCAGGAGGCUCAAGCAUGUCCCCCAAAAGGACUAACAGUGUGGGUGGCAGCUGGGGCAUGUAUCCUUCUGGAGAGAGCCCCAGCGUUGUCCCUGACAAGCUCAGUUCUUUUGGGGCCAGCUGUCUGACCCCUUCACACUUCCCAGACAGCCAGUGGGGACUGUUCACUGGUGAAGGUCAACAGUCAGCCCCCAACCCUGGAGGACGGCUGCAAGGCAAACCAUGGAGUCCCUGCAAGUUUGGGAACAGUACCUCGGCCUUGGCUGGCCCCAGUCUGACUGAGAAGCCAUGGGGGGUGGGAACAGGGGAUUUCAACUCUACCCUGAAAGGUGGCCCUGGAUUCCAAGACAAGUUGUGGAAUCCCAUGAAAGGAGAAGAGGGAAGGAUUCCCACACCCGGGGCCAGCCAGCUGGACAAAGCCUGGCAGGCCUUUACCAUGCCCCUGGGUUCCAGCGAGAAGCUGUUUGGGGCCCUGAAGUCAGAGGAGAAGCUGUGGGAUCCUUUCAGCCUGGAGGAGGGGACAGCCACCGAGGAGCCUUCCAGCAAGGGGUCAGUGAAGGAUGAGAAGGGCGGCCCUGGAGUGGAAGAGGAAGAGGAGGAGCUGUGGUCAGACAGCGAACACAACUUCCUGGACGAGAACAUCGGUGGUGUGGCUGUGGCCCCGGCCCAUGGCUCCAUUCUGAUAGAGUGUGCCCGGCGAGAGCUACACGCCACCACCCCUCUCAAGAAACCCAACCGCUGCCACCCCACCCGUAUCUCGCUGGUCUUCUACCAGCACAAGAAUCUCAACCAGCCCAACCAUGGGCUGGCACUCUGGGAAGCCAAGAUGAAGCAGCUGGCCGAGCGGGCACGACAGCGACAGGAGGAGGCUGCGCGUCUGGGCCUGGGCCAGCAGGAGGCCAAGCUCUACGGGAAGAAGCGCAAGUGGGGGGGCGCCGUGGUGGCCGAGCCCCAGCACAAGGAAAAGAAGGGGACCGUCCCCACCAGGCAGGCGCUGGCCAUGCCCACAGACUCAGCAGUCACCGUGUCCUCUUACGCCUACACGAAGGUCACUGGCCCCUACAGUCGCUGGAUCUAGGUGCCGGGAGCCAGCGUACCUCAGCGUCGGGCCUGGCCCGAGCUGUCUCUGUGGUGCUUUUCCCUCAUGCCCUGGGGCGGGUUGGGGGUGCAGAAGUCCUUCUAUAUCUACAUAUAUGGAUAUACCUAUCAUAUAUAUGUAUUUAUGGUCCAAACCUCAGAACUGACCCGCCCCUCCCUUUCCCCAGUCCCCAGCACUUUGAAGAAGAAACUACGGCUGUCGGGUGAUUUUUUUUCUUUCUUUUUUUUUGUGAUCUAAAUAUUUAUAUCUCCACAUUGUUUUAAAUUUUUCCCCUUGUUUUGAGGGGCUUUUAUCUUUCUGUUUUGAAAACUUUAUCCUUGUAUAUCACAAUAAUGGAAAGAAAGUUUAUAGUGUCCUUUCACAAAGGAGAGUAGUUUUAAA